AACCAUGAGGUAUAUAAUGCAUGUAAAAAUAUGAGGAAAAUAUUUGGAAAAUUAUACCAAAAAUAGGAUAUGAAAAUAUAGGAAAUUAUAUAAGGUACAUAGGAAGAUAUAAUGAUGAUUGCAAGUAAAUAUAUACCGGUAACUGAACUGUAAAUGAGAAGUAAAGCAGGUUUUAAAACAUGCUUAAUGACGCAUCCCAUAGAAUAAAAUAUUUCCAGUAAUAUUACAAAAUGCUUUAAUAUUGACCAGAGUCGUGCAUAUGUUAACAGAUGUCCGUUAUUUGACGGUUGUGCAGUGUUUUGUAGUUUGUUGGUCCUUUACUGUAGAUUGGUCCAGAUUGUGGUUCCAGUAGUUGUGAGUGUGUUGUGUCCGGAUUGUGGUUCAGGUAGUUGUGAGUUUGUUGUGGUUUUAGUAGUUAGCAGUUUGUUGUUUCCUGGUUGUCGUCUCUUUAACCGGGUCACAUUUAUUGUAGCAACCGCGCUUAGCGACGAUCCUGCGCGCUCAUGGAGACUGUCAGUGUGUGAAGGAAUGUCCGGCUACACGGUCAAUUCACAGAAAAACACACACGCACAGGGGUUUAUUUCAAACCGCACACCAGUGAUUUUAGUAUAUGCCGUUACUUUGUGGUAAUUAUGGGAUGUUGCAGCUCAACAAACACCGCCGUCCAAACGCUGUCACGCGGGGGCGCAGAUGGAGAAGAGGACGAGACAGGAAGUAAACUUGGUAAUCGUGGAGACUCUGCCGUGUCAAAGGAAACCUCAGACAGCGGUGUGGGGAUGGACAACAAAGAAAUGCCCACUUUACCUGGAGUGGUGCCCAGAAAACUCCCUCCUCUAUCGUCAGGGUGUGGUGGAGAAAGUGUGGCUGGAGCAAUUAACCAAGAAGGAUUUCUGCAGCAUGACAGCACGGUGCCGGAGCGUCAAAAGUCCAGUGAGAUUCUGGAGGAACUUCUGAAUCAGGGCAUCAUACCAGAAGGACAGACAAAGGAGAAGAGCAAGAUGACAGGAGAGGCUUACAGCAUCAUGCUUGAUGACAGUGACGUCGUGAGGAGACGGCCUCCGGCAAGACUAGAGUCUCUAAAGGCCAUGAAGAUGCAAAGUGUCCACAGCAAGGAAGAAAUUGAAGAGAAGAUGAGACUUGCUGACGAGCGACGCAAGUCAAAGGAAGAUGAACUGAAGACGCGCUUAAGGACUAAGUCAGCGCGUGUUCGUGUCCCCGUCCCUGUCUCCAGUACCACAGAGGAUGGAGACACAUCUCUCACUCCCGUGGAACCUCUCCAUUUACCUCACACAUCUGACUCACCUCAACAGAUCGACAGCCAGGGCACAUUCAAUGUAGCCGAGGGCGAGGGGAGUGUGGGAGAGGCUAGACCUAACAACAGGGAGUCUGGAGGAGAAAUGAAAGGAGCAGAGAUGGAAAAAAGAAGAGAGAAGGAAGAACAGGGUGUGGAGGGGAGAAAGGAAGGUGCAGAGAGGAUGAGUGAGGAUGGUGAUGAGCAACAAGAGGAGUUGACACAGGUAACAGAGUUCCUGGAGGAGCAGCUCCUCACAACCUCAGGGGUUCUGGAGAGUGAUUCUAGCUUUCAACGUGUAGAUGAUAAAAGUGAGACGUUUUAAGUUACCGCAGCCAUGAACCAAUGGACAAAGACAAAAGAACACAUAGUAAGCCAAAAAAAAUACACCAAUGCAGGAGAACAGGGACUGUUUUAAAGGUGAAAUCUGUCUGUUGUCAGCACAUAGCUCUGUUAUUCCAGGUCACCACUCCAGGUGUUUGGUUGGAUGUAGAUGAAGCUACAUGCUGAUAACAGAAACCAGCUGUUACAAUGCUCAAAAUAUUAUUACAAGUGCUUUGCAAAAUGUUCCUUAUAAGACACAUUAUGUAAGUCUUAAAGUCAUAGUAGGAACAAAUACAGUCACAGAGUUUCUAUUACAUUGAUCAUGUUAACAUUAGAAAAGCAAGGAUAAUCUGUACU